GGCUUCAUCUCCACCAUGAAGAUGUUGACUGUGUCUGCACUUGUUUGUGCCAUGAUGGUUCUGACUAGAGCUGCUGCUCUUCCAGAGGCAGCACCUGAAAAUGGCCAGCCAGCAAAGAGUCACCUGGUCAAGAGUUCGACAGCUUGUUCUGGUCGCUGGUCUGAGUUCAGCGGUCGCUGUUUCCACUACGUUCCAAAAGCCAUGACUUGGGCCAAAGCUGAGAAAAACUGUGAGUCCAUGGGUGGAAACCUUGCGUCCGUUCACAACCUGCUGGAGUACCAUGAGAUUCAGAGGCUGAUCAUGAGCGCAAGUUAUGAUUACACAGUAACGUGGAUUGGAGGCUCGGAUGCACAAGAGGAGCGUUUUUGGUUCUGGAGUGAUGGUACGCCUUUCACCUUUUCAUACUGGUGCAAAGGAGAGCCAAAUAACCUUAGGGGCCAGCACUGUUUACAAAUAAAUCAUGGAGAUAACAAAUGCUGGGAUGAUGUACAGUGUCACACUCGCCUUCCAUCCGUCUGUAUAAAGAAAACCAACUGAUUCCUGGGCUGACACAGAGGCAUGAAGCACCUGAAAAAAUCACAAACAUGGGUGGAUGUUUUCUCUCUCUUUAUGCCAUCAGUCUAAUAUGUACCCUGAAGGCUCUAUAUCACAUUUCAUGUCUUUAUUUUCAUUUUCAAGAUCUAAAUCGUCUCUGAGGUCUUGUGCCUUUAAUAAGCACAAACUUAUUCUGCAGAGUGAACUGUGCUUUCUUGUUUCAUGCAAAUUAAAAGUCUCAAGCAUU